AGUGACGCUACGCUGGUGGAUGUACGGGACACAGACGCCACAGGAUCACGCAGGAUAUUGGUCUGCUGAUAAACACGUCACUGACAACCGCCAGCACUCACUCCCUUGCUCCCUUAGCGCUGGGACAUCACACAUAAACGCUGCCCUCUGCCCCUUCAAGUGCGUCUGUGUGUGUUUGUGUGUUUACUCGAGUUGGUUCAGCGGCCGAAAGAUACUGUGAAGAGUGAGUUAGCGGUGAUGAUUCUGCCGUGGUGAGGUGUGGAAAGGAAUGACAGUCGGCGCUUCUGGUAGUACUGACGUGGGUUAACAGCCAAAUGAAAAGUGACAUCCGAUACACAAACUCACACAACAUAAAAACAAAUGAAAAGAGAUAAGAAAGAUUAAAAAAUGGCAAAGAAAGAAAACCAGACGAACAGGGAAGCAAGAAAACCAGCCACCGUACUAAACCCGAGACGGAGAACACAGGAGCCGGCGACAGUAUAAGCACAUCAGGAUACCAAGAACUUCAAGCCACCAAGAUGAGGGUCGACCGGCGGCUGUUCCCGAUCAAGCUGCACUACUUCCUUCGCUUCAUGGGCACGGGUCCGCUGACGGUGAUCCUAUCGGUGAUCACCCGACAGAUGGGUGUCCCGGACAAGGUGGUGGGCGACAUCUGGGCGGUACUUCCCUUCAUCAGCAUGGUUGCCAAGACCUCAGCAGGAGCCAUCGCGGACGCCACACGAGGCCACCGAGCAGUGUUCCUGGGCGGCCUAAUCCUCAUGGUUUCCUCCCUCACCGCCCUCUACUGGGUCCCGGACAUGCCCAACUCUCCCUCCUCCUCUCCCACUAACUCCUCCAAUCCUGACAUCCUCUCCUCCACCUCAACCCUGCCUCCAUUCCCCAUUACCUCCACUGCACACAACGUCUUCUUCUCCUCGAACUUCUCUACUUCCCCUCUCGUCUCCUCCCACCCCUCGGUCACCCUAGCCUCCGAUCAGCCGCCCGCCGAAGUAGAUGAAGGUGUUACUGCGACGCCCGUCCCCGCCUCGGCACCCGACCCAAAAGGCGGCGACAUCGGAAGGCUGCUGUCGACGUACGAGUUCUGGGUGCUGUUCCUGUGCCUGCUGGGCCAGUACUGCGGCCACGUCACCGUCAUCACCAUGCAGGAGACGGUGUGCUUCCAGCUGCUCGGCGAGGAGCGGCACAAGUACGGGCAGCAGCGGGUCUGGGGCACCGUCGGCAUCGGGUUGUCUGCGAUCAUCUCGGGGGCCCUCGUCGAUCUGUACUCCAAGUGGAUAGGGAGGAAGGACUACCUGCCGGCUCACAUCCUCACCGCCGCGUUCCUCGUGGCGGACAUCUUCUUGGUGGCGCGUCUCAAGUUCCCGCAGCCGGAGAGGAGGAAGGGCUCGUCGGACCUGCAGGCUCUCUGGCGCCCUCACGUCGUCCUCGUCCUGGUCAGUACGGGCGUGGUGGGCGUGGUGUCGGGGGUGAUAUGGACCUUCGAGUUCAUACUGGUGAUUGACGUGGCCACGGAAUGGGACCAAGGCUUCUCCCACCAACGUCUGCUCCUUGGUCUGCUAACAGGCGUGCAGUGCUUCCUGGCUGAGGUGCCCUUCUUCAUACUGGCAGGUCGCAUCAUCCAGUGGUUGGGUCACGCUAACGCCCUCUUCUUCUCGUUGCUGGGAUUCACGCUGCGCCUCAUCCUCUACUCCUUCGUCUACAACCCGUGGUGCUUCGUGCCCAUCGACAUCCUCCACGGGGUGUCCUUCGCCGUCGCCUACCCCUGCUUCACCUCCUACGCCAGCACUGUGGCUCCCAAGGGCUCCGAGGCCACCACGCAAGCCAUCUUCGGCGCCACGUUCUUUGGGAGCACGGGUGUGGGCGGACUGGUGGGCGGGCGGCUGUUCGCGGCGGUGGGCGGGCGUCAGACCUUCCUGCUGAUGGGCGUGGGUACGUGCGUGUACUCGAUCCUCUUCUUCCUGGUUCACUGGGUCAUCAACAGGCUCACGCGAUCCACAGGGAUUGUGAGCAGAGUGGACGCGGCUGAGGCGGCGACACCGAUGACAAAUGCAAGAGAAGAGACGGAAGAGUCGGACGAGAAGCAGGCGGAGGAGGGGGAGAAGAAAAAGAAGAAGGGGGAGGAGGAGAGAAAGGAGGUGAAGAUGGACCUGAUCGAGAUACGAAAACCAAAGAAAGGUUUGACAGAUUCCGUGAGGGUUGUGAGUUACCGAAGGACUGGAGACUUAAGUGAAGGAUGGAAGAAUAAUUAAAAGAGGACACGAAUGAAGGAGGUAAAAACAAUGAGGAAAUAAUGGAAGGAAGAGAGAAGAAAAGGGGGUGAAAGUAUAGAUGAGUAGGAGCGAAUGAGUGUUGGAAGAGUAGAGCAGAGAGGGUUAGAGGAAAGGUAACUAAGAUAGAGAGAUUGAGUGGAAAGGAAUGAGGGUUGGAAGGAUAGAUGAAAGAGGGAUAAGGGAAGGAAAGGAGGAAGGAAGGAAGGAAGGAAACAAAGAUGAAGAGACCAAUGAGGGGAUGAAGGAAAAAAAAAAGAAAGAAAGAAAGGCAGGAAGGAAGGAAGGAAGGAAGGACGAUAACUGUUAGGGAAAGAUAUAAAAAGACAAAUAAAUGAAUACUCUUGAAACCAAAGAAAACAAUGAAGAAAACACGGAGAAAACUGAUAACGAAAACAAGAGGAAACUGUCUCGACUUGGGCCGUG